CAGUAGAGUUCUGUUGUUAUCCUCUGUCCUGGCACCCUGCAUCACUCUGUCCUAUCUCUCCAUCCUUCUCCAUCGCUACAGAGUGGGACUCCUCCAUCUGCAACAUCCCUUUAGGAACCCAAAGAGUCAGGAACCAUGCUGACCAUUUUGGCGCUAGCAUCGGUCAUACUGCUUGGAAUAGUGCCCCAACAGUCGGAGGCCAUCGUCAUCUACACGGGCUGGGAGCGUCACGCCCUGGUGGGGUCAGACAUCCGUCUGUCAUGUUCAUUCUUCUCCUGGCGCUGGACUUCCGAUGACGUCACCUUCUCCUGGAGCUACCGUGCCGACGGAGCCAGGGACAGCAUCUCUGUCUUCCACUACACUGGUGGAUCCCCCUAUGUGGACAACAAGGGACCGUUCAGAGACAGGCUGGAGUUUGUGGGGAACCCUGGUCGCCGGGACGGAUCCAUCCUACUCAAGAACCUGGACUACGGAGACAACGGCACCUUCACCUGUGAUGCCAAGAACCCGCCUGACAUAGUAGGACGCGCCUCCAGUGUCAGACUGCUGGUCUUUGAAAAAGUUCCCAUCCAGGCCGGAGUGAUCACAGGGGCCAUCAUCGGUGCGGUGCUGGGUCUGUUGGUGCUCGUCGUGGUCAUCUACUAUCUCAUGAGGUUCCUGGUGGCCCGCAGAGUCUUCAACCUCAGUGUCAGCAAACAUGGAAAGAAAGGGAAGGGUAAAGAGGGAUCACAGCAGAGACAGGUCCCUGUUCUCUCCAUCGGGGACCCGUCCAAGCUGAAGGCCGCCGCCUCAGAAAAGAAGAAGCAGGAGUCACGCAAGGAUAAGAAAUAGGAUACGGAGAGCAGAGAGCUAGAGCCCCAAAACACAGCCCACACAGCCCACACAGCCCAGCACAAAGCACUGAGACAGCCAGGGAGAGCAGGAACAGGGGGAGGGGACUCGCCCAAGGGGGAGAGGCCUGACAGGGUGCUGAUGACCAUUGAGCUGGAGCUCUCCAAGGGGGACAAAGGGGGGGAGGGGAAUGGGGGUGGGUCUGCCUCAGCCAAAUCAGCCAGUUUCCUGUCCCAGCUCGCCAAAAAACUGACCCUGAAAUAAGUGAAUGAGACAGACAGGGGUUUUAAACGGAGGACGAUACUGUCCGAAAUCAUACUGGAGAGAGAGGCAGAGGAGGGUCUUCGAGAGGCGGUCCUAAUGAACUAGUACCCUAUUCCUUAUAUAGUACACUACUUUAGACCAGAGCCCUAUAGGUAGCAGUGCACUAUAUAGGGACUAGGGUGCAGUUUGGGAGGCAGAGUAAGUCUGUCUAGUACAGUAUAUUCCUUCCCACGAGAUCUAAGCCUUUACAACUGAAACGAUCAUCAUUAGGGUCUUAAUGCCACGCUGAGGAGAACAUAGACACAAUACUGAGGAGAACAUGGACACAAUACUGAGGAGAACAUGGACACAAUACUGAGGAGAACAUAGACACAAUACUGAGGAGAACAUAUACACAAUACUGAGGAGAACAUGGACACAAUACUGAGGAGAACAUGGACACAAUACUGAGGAGAACAUGGACACAAUACUGAGGAGAACAUGGACACAAUACCUGACUGCUGGUUGGAUAACAACAUCUGACUGCUGGUUGGAUAACAACAUCUGACUGCUGGGUGGAUAACAACAUCUGACUGCUGGUUGGAUAACAACAUCUGACUGCUGGUUGGAUAACAACAUCUGACUGCUGGUUGGAUAACAACAUCUGACUGCUGGUUGGAUAACAACACCUGACUGCUGGUUGGAUAACAACAUCUGACUGCUGGUUGGAUAACAACACCUGACUGCUGGUUGGAUAACAACAUCUGACUGCUGGUUGGAUAACAACAUCUGACUGCUGGUUGGAUAACAACAUCUGACUGCUGGUUGGAUAACAACACCUGACUGCUGGUUGGAUAACAACACCUGACUGCUGGUUGGAUAACAACACCUGACUGCUGGUUGGAUACAUCUGAAAAGCUUUGUUUCCAUCCUGUCAUCGUAGAUUUGAUGCAAGGCAGUAUUUCUCUACCACGUCUGUCUGACACUCAUCACAACGGUCCUGGAUACAGGGACAACCCAAUUUGUUAUUUCCAGCUGUGUCCCAAAUGGCAUCUUUUGCCCUACAUAGUGCACUCUGGGCCUUGGUCAAAAGUAGUGCACUGUGUAAGGAAUGGGGUGCCAUUUGGGAGACAGUCUGCCUUCCCCUCACACUGGCGUUCUCUCUUUCCCUUUCCUCCUUUCAGUGGACCACGUUGCAUUCAGACUCUUCUCAUUGAAACAGUUCAAGUGGUUUUAAAAACUUUUAAUGCUAACUCUUUCACAUCCUCUCUUCCCUAUUUAUCUUCCCCUCUCUCUCUUUCCCCCUCUCUCUCCCCUCCCACUCCCUCUGUCUCUUUCUCUUUCUCUCUCUCCCCUGUCUCUUUCUCUCUCUCCCCUGUCUCUUUCUCUCUCCCCCUCUCUCUCCCCUCCCACUCGCUCUAUCUCCCCCUGUCUCUUUCUCUCUCUCCCCUGUCUCUUUCUCUCUCUCCCCCUCUCUCUCCCCUGUCUCUCCCUCUCUCACCCUCCCUCUCCCCCUGUCUCUCCCCCUGUCUCUCCCUCUCUCUCCCCCUCUCUCUCCCUCUCUCCCCUGUCACUCCCCCCUCUCUCUCCCUCUCUAUCUCCCUCUCUCCCUCUCUCCCCUGUCUCUUUCUCUCUCUCCCCUGUCUCCUUCUCUCUCUUUCCCCCUCUCUCUCCCCUCCCACUCGCUCUAUCUCCCCCUGUCUCUUUCUCUCUCUCCCCUGUCUCUUUCUCUCUCUCCCCUGUCUCUUUCUCUCUCUCCCCUGUCUUUCUCUCUCUCCCCUCCCACUCGCUCUAUCUCCCCCUGUCUCUUUCUCUCUCUCCCCUGUCUCUUUCUCUCUCUCCCCUGUCUCUUUCUCUCUCUCCCCUUGUCUCUUUCUCUCUGUCACCCUCCCACUCGCUCUAUCUCCCCCUGUCUCUUUCUCUCUCUCCCCUGUCUCUUUCUUUCUCUCCACUGUCUCCUUCUCUCUCCCCUCCCACUCGCUCUAUCUCCCCCUGUCUCUUUCUCUCUCUCCCCUGUCUCUUUCUUUCUCUCCACUGUCUCCUUCUCUCUCCCCCUCUCUCUCCCCCCACUCGCUCUAUCUCCCCCUGUCUCUUUCUCUCUCCCCCUCUAUCUCAUUUCCCUUAUCUCUUUCUCUCCAAUAGAUUUUAUGAAUCUUAUUUCUCAAGGUCUUGAUUUCCUUCCACCUGACUGCUUCAGCUUCCAUAGACCACACCCCUUUAGACCACACACAUUUAGACCACACCUCUUCAGGCCACACCCCUUCCCCAUCUGCUCCACCUCCUGAGUGCACUUGUCCUAUCUCAUUAAGCCCUAUGAAAGACUAGUCCUAUCAAACUCAGUGUCUCCUCUGUAGAAUAUACAACACAUAACCCCUCCAGCUAGCAUCAAGUAGAGCUGACCCAGUAUAGACACGCAGUGUAAUAUAUGGACCCUGCUAAUGUAGAGAUACUAAUGACUUCAGGGAGGGGUCAAAUAGUUCCUGAAAUUUCUAUUAAUGUUUCCUGCUGCUGGUUGCUUAGCUCAAUGUCUCAAUCAGAUCAGAUGAGAGUGGUGCGGAAAGAGCGUGUGAGAGCACCCUGCACUGACGAGUCAGACGAGUCAGAGAAAUAUGAUUCCAAGCUCUUAGCUUGUGUCGAUGGGUUCAACCUGUAGUUCAUUUCACCGGGUGAUUCAAUCCCUUCACAUUUGAGCUAAUGGAGGUCAUAGUUCUACACUGGGCUGUGCUCUGCUGCUUGGCUGUCAGUGCAUGCUGAAGGUUAGGUUAUUUCUGGCUCCAUAAGGGCGUAUACAGGAUUACUGUAACAGCUGCAAAACAGGAAAAUACUUGUUUGUUUAUGACUGAGAGUAUGUCCCAAAUAUCAUGCUAUUCUCUCUGUUGUUGUGACUGAGAGUAUGUCCUGAAUGGCAUUCUAUUCUCUCUGUUGUUGUGACUGAGAGUAUGUCCCAAAUAUCAUGCUAUUCUCUCUGUUGUUGUGACUGAGAGUAUGUCCUGAAUGGCAUGCUAUUCUCUCUGUUGUUGUGACUGAGAGUAUGUCCCAAAUAUCAUGCUAUUCUCUCUUUGUUGUGACUGAGAGUAUGUCCCAAAUAUCAUGCUAUUCUCUCUGUUGUUGUGACUGAGAGUAUGUCCUGAAUGGCAUUCUAUUAUCUCUGUUGUUGUGACUGAGAGUAUGUCCUGAAUGGCAUUCUAUUCUCUCUGUUGUUGUGACUGAGAGUAUGUCCUGAAUGGCAUUCUAUUCUCUCUGUUGUUGUGACUGAGAGUAUGUUCUGAAUGGCAUUCUAUUCUCUCUGUUGUUGUGACUGAGAGUAUGUCCUGAAUGGCACUCUAUUCUCUCUGUUGUUGUGACUGAGAGUAUGUCCUGAAUGGCAUUCUAUUCUCUCUGUUGUUGUGACUGAGUCCAUGAAAUGAUGUCACAUUGACAGCCAGUGGACAUUCUCAGGCCAUGACAACAGAGGGAUACCAACAAGUGAUUUAUCCUUAUACUCCUCCAGGUUAUUUUGGUCCCGUUAAUCCCUCCUGCAUGUGUCUCCCCCACUCAGAUCAUUAUUUUAGCACUUGCUGGCAACUGGAUCUCUCUCUCUGUCUGUCUCUUUCUCUCUCUCUCUCUGUCUCUUCCUCUCUCUCUCUCUCUCUCUCUCUCUCUCUCUCUCUCUCUCUCUCUCUCUCUCUCUCUCUCUCUCACUCUCUCUCUCUCUCUCACUCACACACAGACACACACUCUCUCUCUAUCCUUUAGUGACACUAAACUAUGUUCCCUCAUAGAUUACCCAAUCCACUCUCCACUCUAUACUUAAGCCUCUUCUAUCUGUAUAGAUACAGACUCUAUCAGAUCUAUUCUAUCUUUAUAGAUUUAGACUGUAUCAGACCUCUUCUAUCUGUAUAGAUACAGACUGUAUCAGACCUCUUCUAUCUGUAUAGAUACAGACUGUAUCAGACCUCUUCUAUCUGUAUAGAUACAGACUGUAUCAGAUCUAUUCUAUCUGUAUAGAUACAGACUGUAUCAGACCUCUUCUAUCUGUAUAGAUAUAGACUGUAUCAGACCUCUUCUAUCUGUAUAGAUAUAGACUGUAUCAGACCUCUUCUAUCUGUAUAGAUAUAGACUGUAUCAGACCUCUUCUAUCUGUAUAGAUAUAGACUGUAUCAGACCUCUUCUAUCUGUAUAGAUACAGACUGUAUCAGACCUCUUCUAUCUGUAUAGAUAUAGACUGUAUCAGACCUCUUCUAUCUGUAUAGAUAUAGACUGUAUCAGACCUCUUCUAUCUGUAUAGAUAUAGACUGUAUCAGACAAAGGCAGACCCAUCUCAAGCAAACUCAGCAAUUCUUUAUUUUUCUUCUUCUUCUUCCUCCUCUUCUUCCUCAUCUUCUCUCUUUUUCAAACUCAGUGAUGGACACCUCUCCUCUCCUCCACCCCCCUGAUCACCAACACCCCUCUCACUCCCCCACCAAUACCACCACACCCCUGCACGUUCAUUCACCCACCAUUUCUGCUGGUUGGAAUGCCACGUCGCUGUCUUCUGCCCAACUAUUGGCCAGGGAUGGAAACUGUGCAGAAUCAUCCUCGUUAGUUCUCAUUGAAGACUUAAAUUUAGCUAUAGCUCUCUGCCGGUGGCAAAAGUGUUAUGUUUUAUGUGUCUAUGUGUCUAGUCAGACUGUCAUGUCAAACAAAAGAUGAGGGGAAAAACUGUGUAUAUGUAUGUCACCCUAAAGUAAAUAGUUAUACAUUACAUUUUAUGCACGGAAACACAUGGAGACCAUGUUUUGUUUGAGAGAGGCAGACAUGUGAUAGAUCUUCUUAUGACAUUUAAUCACAUUUCUGCCCUUGUAUCUGGAGGGGGAUUCUGUGUGGCUGUUCAUUUCUUUUGGUGCAUGUUUUCCAGGUGCGGAAAAUAAAGUCCUUUUUCAUUUCAGGUGUUGGUAAACUGCAUGGGGCUACAGGAGGCACUGACACAGUGAGGGGGAGAUUAUGGGGAGGACAAGGGAGGUAAACUUCAGAUGUUGCCCGUGGUAAUGUGAUUGGAAAAAAAGAAGGUGGUUGCUGGGAUGAAGAUACUUUUGGCGAGAGAGACUUAUCUUGUGUGUUAAGUCAAACCAAAGUCCAUAUGUAUCAGUAAAGAUAAGGCCUCAGCUUUCUCUUUCAAGAUCCUUACCCUGAGCUUCUGUUCUGAAGGAUUGUUAGGCUAUGCAAGGUGGUUAGUGUAGUUCUGAACGCUUGUUAGGGUAUGCAUGGUGGUUAGUGUAGUUCUGAAUGAUUGUUAGGAUAUGCAUGGUGGUUAGUGUAGUUCUGAAUGUUUGAUAGGCUAUGCAUGGUGGUUAGUGUAGUUCUGAACGCUUGAUAGGCUAUGCAUGGUGGUUAGUGUAGUUCUGAACGCUUGUUAGGGUAUGCAUGGUGGUUAGUGUAGUUCUGAAUGUUUGAUAGGCUAUGCAUGGUGGUUAGUGUAGUUCUGAACGCUUGAUAGGCUAUGCAUGGUGGUUAGUGUAGUUCUGAACGCUUGAUAGGCUAUGCAUGGUGGUUAGUGUAGUUCUGAAUGAUUGUUAGGAUAUGCAUGGCGGUUAGUGUAGUUAUGAACGCUUGAUAGGCUAUGCAUGGUGGUUAGUGUAGUUCUGAAUGUUUGUUAGGGUAUGCAUGGCAGUUAGUGUAGUUCUGAAUGAUUGUCAGGCUAUGCAUGGUGGUUAGUGUAGUUCUGAAUGUUUGUUAGGGUAUGCAUGGAAGUUAGUGUAGUUCUGAAUGAUUGUUAGGAUAUGCAUGGUGGUUAGUGUAUUUCUGAAUGAUUGUUAGGAUAUGCAUGGUGGUUAGUGUAGUUCUGAAUGAUUGUUAGGAUAUGCAUGGUGGUUAGUGUAGUUCUGAAUGUUUGUUAGGGUAUGCAUGGUGGUUAGUGUAGUUCUGAAUGAUUGUUAGGAUAUGCAUGGUGGUUAGUGUAGUUCUGAAUGUUUGUUAGGAUAUGCAUGGUGGUUAGUGUAGUUCUGAAUGCGCUCUAUUCUUUUAGCUGUGGUCAUAGGGAGUGAGCUAGUGUGACGCACACCACGGUUCAUUAAGGCAACAGGAACUAGAUAUCUCUGUUUACCUCAAUGCUGUUUAACCAACUAUCCAUCAUCCAUGUUUCUUUCAUUCCUCUUUCAGUACGGCCACACAGACUCCUGAUACAAUACUACAAACUGCAUUCAAAUGUCUUCACACUGUUUUGUUGGAUGUAUAGUUUGUUGUGUACUGCAUUAGUUUAGGUUGUUAGAUAACAUUCCUUUCUUAGAAAUUUUAAGCGUCUUACAUUUUUAUUUAAUUUUUAUGCUUAUAAUUGAAGUGUACUAGUAAUAUAAAUUCUACAGUCAUGUAAAAUGGGUUGUAACAGGAAGGUAAAUAAAAAUUAAAGCAUCAAACGCAUCUCGGUUGUAUAAGAAGAAUAAAAUCAACUCAAAUUAAAAAUGUCUAUUCUCCA